AUGAAUAACGGUUUCGCGGGUGUCCUCCACCGCGGAAACCAGGCUCUCAUGGAUGAUUCUGCAGUGUCAGUUGGUUUCUCAGUGACGAGCUACACAACGGGUAGCCAUGGUCAGAAUCAGAUAACAUUUGGCACAGACCAGCUGGGUUCAGCAGUGAACAGUAGCAGCAGCCAUGGCCACAGAGGUUUUCAGAGGCCGAUUCAUGCGCCUGCUCAAGAUGAUGGAUGCAGGCUAGUCCUCGGGCUGGGUCCGACGCCGGACCCGGACGUUAACUCUUGUGAUUGUGAUCAACAGCAGCCUGCCGGAGCAGACAAGUCGAGACCACCUGUAACUUUGUUUGGCCAGAGCUUCUCCUUCGCUGAUCCAGGGGCGCUGAACCUUGGGAUUCAUCAGGGGCGAAAUGCUGGAGCAACUAAACACUUGGGCGUACCUGCCGGAACCAUCAUCUCCUUUUCCACUGUUGAUGAGGGCUCCACGUCCGCCAGGAGAAGCUCCGGCGGCUACAUGCCAUCGCUGCUCUUCGCGCCUCGGCCAAACUAUUCAACAGCCGAAGAGGAGCAGGGUUUGCUAGAUGAUGCAGACGACAGUAAUGACGGUACUGAUCCCCGCGGUUUUCAGCUCAGCCCUGAACCUUCGGUAUCCAUGACGGAGGCUUCAUUUGGUGGCGUCAGCUCUGAUGUCGUGACCGUGGUAAGCAAUCCUGGACAGCAGGCUCAACGCCGGCAUCCCAAGAAGUGCAGGUUCAAAGGGUGCUCCAAGGGCGCGCGAGGCGCGUCGGGCCUGUGCAUCGCUCACGGCGGCGGGCAGAGGUGCCAGAAGCCCGGGUGUCACAAGGGCGCCGAGAGCCGCACGGCCUACUGCAAGGCCCACGGCGGAGGACGACGGUGCCUGCAUCUCGGCUGCACCAAGAGCGCGGAAGGGAAGACGGAUCACUGCAUCGCCCAUGGCGGCGGCCGACGGUGCGGCUACCCUGACUGCCCUAAAGCCGCGCGGGGCAAGUCCGGGCGGUGCAUCAAGCACGGCGGCGGGAAGAGGUGCUUGGUCGAGGGCUGCAUCAGGAGCGCCGAGGGAAGGGUCGGGCUGUGCAUCUCUCACGGCGGCGGGCGGCGGUGCCAGUUCCCGGACUGCCGCAAGGGAGCGCAGGGCAGCACCCUGUACUGCAAGUCGCACGGCGGAGGGAAGCGGUGCGUCUUCGAGGGGUGCGGCAAGGGGGCCGAAGGCAGCACGCCGCUGUGCAAGGCGCACGGCGGCGGGAAGCGGUGCAUGUACGAGGGCGGCGGCGUGUGCCCCAAGAGCGUCCACGGCGGCACGGACUUCUGCGUGGCGCACGGCGGCGGGAAGCGGUGCGUGGUGGCCGGGUGCAGCAAGAGCGCGCGCGGGCGCACGGACCGCUGCGUGAAGCACGGCGGUGGCAAGCGGUGCAGGGUGGACGGGUGCGGCAAGAGCGCGCAGGGGAGCACCGAGUACUGCAAGGCCCACGGCGGCGGGAAGCGGUGCAACUUCGGCGGCGGCUGCGAGAAGUUCUCGCGCGGCCGGAGCGGGCUCUGCGCGGCGCACGGCACGCUGGUGGCCUCGCAGCAGCGCCGCGGCGGCGGCUGCAUGAUCGGGCCGGGCCUCUUCCACGGCAUCGUUGGGUCCGCCAGCGCGGCGAACGUGAACAGCGACUACUCGUCGUCGGGCGUGAGCACAGUGUCGGACUGCGGCGGCUCGCCUGAGGCGGCGACGAGGAGGCAGGAGCUGAUCCCUCCCCAGGUGCUGGUCCCCCACUCUAUGAAAUCCUUGACGGCGGCAGCCGUGCAGCCACCGGAGAGGAGCAGAGAGGGAGGGGCGGUCGCCGUCCCCGAGGGGAGGGUGCACGGCGGUGGCCUCCUGUCGUUGCUUGGCGGGAGCUUCAGGAACGUCGACGUCGACAAGCUGUGA